AUGGUGCAGGUGCAUGAAAUGUGGAAGUACACCCAGGAGUCCCCCUGGGCCCCAAGGGAGCAAGCGUCCAACAGCAGUUCCCACAAUGAAUUCCUCCUCCUGUCUUUCGAAGACACAAGGGAGCUGCAACUUUUACACUUCUCACUCUUCCUGAGUAUCUACCUGGCUGCCCUCCUGAGCAACGGCCUCAUCAUCACAGCUGUAGCCUGCAAUCACCACCUCCACACUCCCAUGUACUUCUUCCUCCUCAACCUCUCCCUCUUUGACCUUGGCGCCAUCUCAGUCACUAUUCCCAAAUCCAUUUCCAAUUCCAUCAGGAACACCAGGGCCAUUUCCUACUUAGGAUGUGCUGCUCAGGUUUUUCUGCUUCUGUUUUUGCUUGCAGCAGAGUAUUUUCUUCUCACUGUCAUGGCUUAUGAUCGCUUUCUGGCUAUCUGUAGACCUCUGCAUUAUGGAGCCCUCAUGGGCAGCAGAGCUUGUGUCAAAAUGGCAGCAGCUGCCUGGGCCAGUGGUUUUCUCUAUGCUGCCCUACACACUGGAAACACAUUUUCAAUACCCCUCUGCCAAGGCAAUGUCGUGGAGCAGUUCUUCUGUGAAAUUCCCCAGAUCCUCAAGCUCUCCUGCAUGGACUCAUACCUCAGGGAAGUUGGGGUUAUUGUGAUUAGUGCCUGUUUAUUCUUUGGGUGUUUCAUUUUCAUUGUGCUGUCCUAUGUGCAGAUCUUCACAGUUGUACUGAGGAUCCCCUCUGUGCAGGACCGGUACAAAGUCUUUUCCAUGUGCCUUCCUCACCUGGCUGUGGUCUCCCUGUUUGUCAGCACUGUCAUCUUUGCCUACCUGAGGCCCCCCUCCAUCUCCUCCCCAUCCCUGAAUGUGGUGGCAGCUGUUCUGUACUCGGUGGUGCCUCCAAUAGUUAACCCCCUCAUCUACAGCAUGAGGAACAAGGAUCUCAAGGAUGCCCUGAAGAAACUAUUUCAGAUGGUACUAGUUCAGCAGCAAUGA